AUGACAAUUUGACAUUCUUUCAUUGAAAGUUUAUUGUAUUGAUCGCGCCUCAAAAUAUUUUGGAAAAUUCCUAUCUAACAUAGAUUUAUUAUGAAAAGAACUUCUGUUAUAAAAUUACCGUAACUACAGCGUCCAAAGAUGUUGCCACGACAGUAUUACAGCGAACAAGACAUAAGAAAACGCCAAAUCGACACGUUAAAGAUAUUCAACGAUCAUGUGACUGAAGUCAACGAAAACUCGGAAUACAGAGUGGAAUUUGUGGCUGACGGCAAAAAUAUGAGCUUGUUAGUGAUAUUAGGACCUGAUUUCCCUAAUGAGAAGCCUUCAAUCUUCGUUAAUCCGCCAAUACCUCAUCCUUGGAUCGGAGAAAAUUCGAAUCAAGUUGUUGGUGCUCCUGGAUUGGUAAAUUACACUCUACAUUCAGAUUUAGGUCGUGUAGUCCAAGCGAUUAUUAGAGAGUUUCAGAAAUCAAUGCCAAAGUUUUCUAAUUCUGAUGAUGUAUCCAGAAGUAAUGAUGUGAGUCCGCAGUCAAACUAUAGCGGUCAGUCGUUGAUGUUUCCGGAGUUAAAUGAUUUUUGUAUUGAGGAGUUGCAGGAGAUUUUGCAGAACACUGAUUUACAGGAUAAAAUAAUAGAAGUAAACCCCCAACUAGUAGAAAUAGACCUUGAAACCGAAGAAUUAAUGACCAGUAUCGAACGAAUAGCCCAAGAGAAUAUUGCUAAGCAACAGGCGCUUGAUGAUUUGAAGACUGAAGUGAUCGACCGUAUAUCAACUAUCGUUCAAAUGAAAAUGAACUUUGAAGAACUGAAUAGAAAACAUAUGAAGCUAGCGGAGAUGUAUGAUCCUCAUCGGAUUAGGGAUUGUUUGAAGGAAGCUGCGUUGAAGGCUGACGAAGAAUCAGAAGUUAUUGCGGAGCAGUUUUUGACAGGUCAAAUGCCAGUUGAGACUUUCAUAGCGAAAUUCGCAGAGAAACGGGGUCUUGGCCAAGCAAGACGCGCUCGGGAAGAAAGGAUCGCUCACCAACUGGCACAACUAGACAGAGCCACAACCAAAAGCUAGAAAAAAAACACAUUCCAUUUGACAGCUGUCAAAAUUCCCGCCAAUAUUGAUCAAAUAUGGCGUCGUUUAUAUUGUGCUUUCUUGUUGAAUUUUGUGAUCGCGUAUUUAUUAAUGAGUAGGUUUAGAUGCUAGCAUAUUAAGGUGCCUGUCGCUUUCAUUUGGCCUGUGGACCUGCAGUCUUCUACCGGCCAAUCUGGAAGGUAUUGGGCGAGGCGUAUUUGAGGCAUUGGAGAAGAGUCUUGUAGCUCAUAUGAUGAUUAUGAGGAUGAUGAUCACACUAAGCUGGUUAACACUCGGAUGCUGUAAAGAUUCAACCUUUUAAUACCCAAAAAGGUUGACAUAACUGCAAAGAUACUUAUCGUUUUCUUUUACUUAAAAUAGGAGGCAAACGAGCGGGCUGGACUCCUGUGUGUAACUGAUUUUUCUUAGACUGCCUCGUUGGCCGAGUGGUCACAAGUGGCGACUACCGGGCAAAAGGUCUCGGGUUUGAUUUCCGGG